UUAAACUUUGAUUAGAAGGUCAGUCUUCUUUUACCCCUAUUUUCCGUGUCUACUUACUUUACUGUCCAUGCUUUUCCAGUUGGGAUGAUCAGCAAAGUCACGAUUGACUCAACUACUGCCAACUGUUAUGUCAUGGAUUUGUGAGGUGGGUGGGUGUGAGAGAGGGAGAGACACUUGUGCACAGCCUGUCCACCUUGUUAUUCCCUUACCAGCGCCAGAAUGCAUUUCUGCCGAUCUGCUGAUCUGUGGCUUUGUCUCUGAAUGCACGUCACACUUUGACCUGCUCCUCAUCUAGCAACUCUUCCACAGAGGACAGAGCCAGCCUUCAUUCUGGAGGGAAAGGCCCCAGUCGAGUCCAGCAGGGGGGGUGGGGGAGGCACGGAGGUUGGAUCCCGCAGUCCUGCCUCUCUGCCUCUCACCCAGACAGAGACCUCUGGACCCUGGCACAGUGAAAGCCUGCUGGCAGAGUCCUGGUCCACCAUGGGCGACAUGGACCCUGAGGACACCAAGAGCCUGGACAGCAACGACGGGCCCGUUUUAGCUGGGGAUGAGAACCACUCCUCCAACUCUGACAUGGUCCAUCUAGAGCAGGAGGAGGUAGAGAUGUUUGAGGAAACAGACGGAAGGAGUUCUAGAAAAGAGGAUGAGGAGGAGGACGAGGAGCUGAGGGUAAAUGUGCUGAGCAUGCUGGGUUUGGAGAGGGAGCUGGAGAAGCAGGACCUCCAAGAUACAGAGACAACGGAGCUUCUGGUGUCCACAGAGAAAAGUCACGCGGAAAGCAAGCCUGCAGAGUUCAGACAUGUGGUUCCCCCAAUGGCCCUGCCUCUGCUGCCUAUUGUCAAACUGGACCCCCCCUCCACGACGUCCACCCCCGUCCCUUCGACCACCGCCUCUGAAGUCGACGAGCACUAUUCCACUCUGGGGCUUCACCCUCCAUCUAUCCUGUCACCAAACGCUCCAGAGCUUCAAGAGAUUCCUGAAGCCAAAUUCUCACAGAUCCCCCUUCAGGAAGAUGGAGAACAUUCAGCUGGCGUUACACCACUGAAGAGGCUGGAGCCGCAGCCCGGUGCACCUAAGACCAAACCUCUGAGCUCCUCUGAGCUGCUGUUCAGAGGCGCUGCUUUAGUGGCCGUUAUCGGAGUGGUGGCGUAUGCAGCGAUACUCUUCUGCAAAAAGUAGAAAAUAACAUUUUAAACAGUUUCUCUUCAGUUCACAAAUUCCUGUUGAGUUGUUCACAUUUUUCCUGAAUUUUGCAUUUUAAUCAGACUUUAUUAAUCAGACUGUAACGCUACCUCGGCUCACAACUCAUGGCUGCUUUUCAGCUCAAACUCUGAAGAAAAGGAUAAGCUUGACUGCAAUAUGAAAAUCAGCUCUUAAAAAAACAUUGUUUUAUUUAAAAAGGUUUGUGUAUAGCUACUCUAUUAUUUUAUUAACAGAGAGAAUUUAAAAGCUAGAAAAAACAGCCCAUUUAUCUAUGUAUGAUACACCCCAAAAAAAAUCUUUUUCCCCACUUCCUUAAGAGAAUAAGGUCAUUGGGGAACAGAUUCAAGCUAAAUGUCUCCAUGUAAAUCUAUUCAUACCCUUUAAUGUUUACAUUCUGUCAUAUUAAUUGUGAUAUUAGGUCAUCAAACACACCAAAUUAGAGCAUAAUAGUGAAGUGGAAGGAUUUAAUGGCUAAUUUAAAGAAUCUUUUACUGACAAAAAGCGUAAAAAGAUGUGAGUGAAUAUUUAUUCACUAUUUUUUCUGCUCGAUACGCAAAUAUGAAAAUAAAAAAUGUGACCAAUUUCCUUCAAAAAUCUCAUAAUUUAUAAAUAAACUCCACCUGGACUUGGAAAGCAUUGUUAAGACAAAGGAAGACAGCAGACAAAAUGGAAAUGGUUGUUGAGGUGUUUAAAGAAGGCUGAGCUUAAAAAAAAACCAAACUUACAAGGUUUGAAGAUUUCAGCACCGCCGUUUAGAUAACCUGUAA